AUGGAGGGCACAACCCCGCCAAAUAUAUCCCCGAAGAGGGAGGUCAUGCUGCGCAUGGUGCGAGGCCGAAAGGCCGCCACCUACGCCAGUCUGAUUGAUGUCAACGAGGUUGAGGGCCUGACCGAUGCCUAUCUCGCCCUCCUCGACGAGAGAGUGCCCGCGGAUCGGCUGCCGCCUCCACUGACAUCCAACGAGUUCAAGCACUACGUGCGGCUUGUUUACAACGCGAUCAAGUCGACCGACGCGGCCAGCGACGCGUUUGAGGUGAAUCCCAACGACGGAAACACGCGCAAGACCUUCGCCAUGGCGUACAUCGACUCCAUCGGCAUGUUCGAGGUGCAGCUCGUGGCCGGCCAGCUGGUGAAGGCUGCCCACAGGGCUCAGUCUGGAAUAUACACGAUGCCUGCUUGGACCCGGAUCCCGAAUAUAGGCUUCCAACAGCACAGCACCUUUCCUGAGCGCAUGAACAAGAUCAUUGAGGCUUUGAAGGCCCGCAAGUUGUUUGGCUGGUCCAUGUUCGUCGACCCCAUCGUGACUAUGGAGAAGCGUCUUGCCCUGGCCCCGAUUCAAGAAAUUCAGACCGAGCGAAACAUUCAGUACAGCAACGGCAACCCUGUCAUUCAGCUCCUAGUCGCCAGGAGCAUCUUACCUGAUGGGCCAGCCGCGAAGUCAAAGAAUGACAGCGGCAACAAGGACGUCAACAAGGACGCCCACAAGGACGCUCACAAGGAUGGUGACAAGGACGAAGGUGUCGUUAACUCUGGCACUCCUGCACCAGCAAGCAAGAAGCGUAAGCAUAGUAACGCUGAGACCGCCCUCACAAACCCCGGUGAAUCCAGCUACAAUACUCCAGCCGCGAAGAAGCAGAGCACCGCUGCUGCGGCCGCGGCCCUCGCCAACGCCAGCACUUCAGCCAAGAACGCUUCUCCAGCAGCGCUGUCAUCCGAUGUGGCCAGCACUUCCGUCCAGCCAGCGGCUCUCGCAGCGCCCACUGGAAUCAACACUGCUGGGUCUGCACGAUCUGCCACUCCCGCCGGCGCAGCCUCUACGCCCGCCAGUCGCGCUCGCCUCCUGCGGCCUGCUCUGAGGCCAAUCCUGCCCCGUCCCGCUGGCGUCGCCUCAGUUACUCGUCCCGUCAACCAGCAGACCACUCUACAGGAUGCUGCCGCCAUACGAGCAUCAUGCGGACGAUUCGAUGCCAAGUACUUGGCCAGUGGGCCUUCUCAUCAGCAGUAUUACCUGCCUCCCCCUGACUAUCAGGCUUCGCAGCGAGCCACUCAGGCCUAUCAGCAGGCCAAGCGUCCGGGUGGCGACUUCAUCGCAGCGGCACAGGGGCUUGGUGUAGAGGACUCAAAUUAUUGGCAGACUCCCGAGUUUCUUGCUGAAUUGGAAUCAUUUCCAACAAACUAUCAGCUGGAGGGCAGCAGCCACUAUGGACAACAACCUACCACACGCCACCAGGCCGAGGGAGGGGAGGUACACUUUAAUGGGCCCGCCGUUGGCAUGCCACUGGCACAGAUGAAUACCGGCAGCGUCUUCUUUACUAGUGGCGGCGCGGUUAACAACUACAUCCAGCCACACUCCCCGAGCCAGCCCGGCGAUCAAGCCCACGGGUUCCCCAGCGACGGGAAUUCCCACACAGUGGACUACUAUUUUGGCCCCAACAACUCUCAGAGCCAUGAGGGAAACCAUGCAAGUUUUCAGCGAGACAACCCUCUGCCGCCCCAAACCCCGGCAAAUUCGCCCCAGGAGGCUCAUACCGCCGGCCCCAGGUCCCAGCAGCAAGUCGAGGAGGAUGGCCCUUCCCUCCCGCUUGUGGCGGAACGCAACGCUCCCGCAGCGAGGACUGCCAGUGGUUGGGGCUUGGACUUGGCAGGAGAGGACCCGACUGAUGCCACGGCGAUCGAGGACUGCCGCAGGGCUGCCCUCGGACUGCGUCCCACAGGCACCAGGGGCUGGCAGCAAGAGGCUGGAGAGCAGGCGGCGGCUGCCCGCCAUGCGCCCGUGGCGGGCCCCAGCGCCUCCGCGCCCUGGCCGUGGGGUGACUCGAGUCCCGACAUUCCAGAGCAAACUUUCGACGAGGCGAGGGCUCUCCACGACUGGCACAGGAUAAAUAUGGGCCUGUAUCCUGUUCACACCGGCGGCUGGCAAUUCCAGGCGGACGAGCCGGACACGCCCUACGCCUGGACCGGUCCGCCCCAGGCCGGCGAUGGCUUUGUUCCGUUCAGGGAGGCCUCGGAGGAGUACGAGUACGACUUCAAGGAGGAGGCCCGCAACAAGAAGAAGAACAACGGGGCGGGCGACAAGCCCAAGGCUGAGAAGGGUCAUGUGUACGGCGCCCGAGCAGCAGCCGCUGGCACUCAGGCUAAGCCUUUCACUGCCAAGAUUACCAGACUUGUUUACACGCAGCCCAGCGACCAGGCCCAGGACGGAGCGGGUGUCCAGGACAACCAGGAGCAGGCCCGCGAGGAGGGCUCCCAAGCGGCUCGUCCCGCAGCAAAUGCUCCGGUCCGAGUGCCAACCCUCACGAGUAACCAGAGGAUACACAUCAGGCGCGCCCGCAACAACGUGAACAACGACGCGGGUGAGGACGACGAGCCUGCGGAGGAGGGUGAGGACGGCCCCCAGGCUGCUCCUGAACCAGCAGCUUCUCGCACCCCAACAAAGCGCUACAGGAUCAACCCUCGUCUUGGGCCUUAG